UUUUCUCGGUUUCGACCUGUCCUUUUUCUAAUGUCUUAGUACCACUAGCAAACCAAAAUUUUGUAAAAUAAGAAGAAAUUAACCUAACAAAAAUUUUAAAAUCUAAAAAUUAUAAAGAUCUAAAUAUUGGAGGAAUAAAGUGUAAAUGUCUUGCUAGAGCGAUAUUCUAAAAGAUGAGUAAAUAUGCAAAAUAUACAGAUUUAAUAAAACAAACUACGGAGUAUGCUCGACGGAUGAACAGGCUAAGUAAUAGAAUAUUUGGAGAAGUUGUUCGCCCCACAAAUCCCAAGUCUAUGAAAGUCGUUAAGUUAUUUGCUGCAGAGCCAGUUCAUUUACAAAGAGAAGUAUAUGCUUACUACCCAAGACAUAUAGAAACCGGGAAGCUAAUGAUGAAGUUACGACAUUAUGGUUUAUACAGAGACGAACAUGCAGAUUUUCAAGAUGAAAUGGAUAGAAUGAGGGCUCUAAGAGGUAAACCAAAACACAUCAGGAAAUCAAAGGCCGAAAGAGAAAAAGAGGCAGCAGACAAGAAAGAAUGAAAGCUCUAAUUUAGUUGUAAAUGUAUAGAGUGUAAAUAUAGUUUUUAAUAUAGAAUAAUUUGUUAAAUUUA